AUGGUUAAUGAAUCAGAAUAUAUUGAGUUAAUUGGAGUGGUUAAUGAAUCAGAAUAUAUUGAGUUAAUUGGAAUGGCUAAUGAAUCAGAAUAUAUUGAGUUAAUUGGAGUGGUUAAUGAAUCAGAAUAUAUUGAGUUAAUUGGAAUGGUUAAUGAAUCAGAAUAUAUUGAGUUAAUUGGAGUGGUUAAUGAAUCAGAAUAUAUUGAGUUAAUUGGAAUGGUUAAUGAAUCAGAAUAUAUUGAGUUAAUUGGAAUGGUUAAUGAAUCAGAAUAUAUUGAGUUAAUUGGAAUGGUUAAUGAAUCAGAAUAUAUUGAGUUAAUUGGAGUGGUUAAUGAAUCAGAAUAUAUUGAGUUAAUUGGAGUGGUUAAUGAAUCAGAAUAUAUUGAGUUAAUUGGAGUGGUUAAUGAAUCAGAAUAUAUUGAGUUAAUUGGAAUGGUUAAUGAAUCAGAAUAUAUUGAGUUAAUUGGAAUGGUUAAUGAAUCAGAUUAUAUUGAGUUAAUUGGAAUGGUUAAUGAAUCAGAAUAUAUUGAGUUAAUUGGAAUGGUUAAUGAAUCAGAAUAUAUUGAGUUAAUUGGAAUGGUUAAUGAAUCAGAAUAUAUUGAGUUAAUUGGAGUGGUUAAUGAAUCAGAAUAUAUUGAGUUAAUUGGAAUGGUUAAUGAAUCAGAAUAUAUUGAGUUAAUUGGAAUGGUUAAUGAAUCAGAAUAUAUUGAGUUAAUUGGAGUGGUUAAUGAAUCAGAAUAUAUUGAGUUAAUUGGAGUGGUUAAUGAAUCAGAUUAUAUUGAGUUAAUUGGAAUGGUUAAUGAAUCAGAAUAUAUUGAGUUAAUUGGAAUGGUUAAUGAAUCAGAAUAUAUUGAGUUAAUUGGAGUGGUUAAUGAAUCAGAAUAUAUUGAGUUAAUUGGAAUGGUUAAUGAAUCAGAAUAUAUUGAGUUAAUUGGAAUGGUUAAUGAAUCAGAAUAUAUCUAG